UUCAUGGUUCAUGGUUCAUGGUUCAUGGUUCAUGGUUCAUGGUUUAUUCAUCUCUGUCGAAUUACGAAAACCAACCCACGUACGAACACAGCUCCAUCCUUCACUAAAUGAACCCCUGUCCACCGCUCAACUCUUCCCUAGCCUCUAGUAGCCUCUAGGUCUUCAAAUCCGUGUGGAUUUCCAACCCAGCUUGAGCUUUAGCUUUAGCUUUUUUCGCACGAUUGUUUUUGUUGAUUUCCAGCUCCUUCGGAUUUGUUCUCAACAUCGUUUAAUCAAUUCUGUUUACUUUUGCAACUCUACUAACAAAUAACAAAGCAUAAUACACCGACUACCACGAAUUAAAACUACGAAUUAAAACUAGUCGGAGUUGGGAAAUCAACUAUUUUCAAUACUUAUUGUUUCGUAUGAAAAGAAACUCCUAACCUAGGAUUUUAUUUACCGGCUUACACUCCCCUGCAACGCCACCGACCGAUUAACUUGGACGCACGAACGAACGUCACGAUGGGGAGCUUUGAACCCCUCAUGGACUUCAAUCUGCCGGAGCUCCUGGUUGGGGAUUUGGAAGAUUCGAAAGAUAUUUUCAAGUCGAGGCAAUUGACUGCUGGUGCGCCAGCUCCAUCAUUAGCUGGUGACGGAUCUAAGAGACGAUAUUCGCUACAGGACAGUUCGUUAAGCGCUGUUAAUUCGUCUAAUCUCCUAGACACAAUGUGGAAGGCCAAGUCAAUGCAGAAUGUGAAUGAGACGCAAUCUCAUUUCUUUACCGUCCGCGGCGAGUCACACCGGAAUAGCAGCGAUUCCGAUUCAGCCAGUAGUGAAUCAUCUGGUGGAUUGAUGCCUCCAUCAAUCGGCACACGGGACGCAUCCAUCGCCACGACAGCCACGUCGGUUACUUCUGAGAGGUUGGAGCCACCAAAUCAAUUGAAAUUAAAGCUUGUAAUACAAGAGAAAAAACAAGCCGGUCAAAGCUGGAUGGACCUGGAUGCCGAGGAUCCAACUUCUCCGGAUCGAAGAUACAGUAUGAUUAACAUCGCGUCACCUGCUCAGUACCUGUCACUACGGCAUGACCUAGAUGAUGAAUCAAGGACUAUGUCUUUAAACUCGGCUGUGCUGCGUCCCAACUUGACUAGCUCUCCUCCAACUUCGCCAAAAGUCUCGUCAAAAUCCUCAAAAUCUUCAAAAUCGUCACCAAAAGCAUCCCCGAAAAUGUCGCCAAGUAGUGUCAAAUCUUCGGGUGCUAGCGAACAACGAAACCGUAUUAGAUCGCCUUUGGCAUGUCCUACUCCACCCCCAGAGCGACGAUCUUCUUUGAUGCACCGAAAUUACCCUGUGCUUCCCAAGAUCAACGUCUCGCCCUCUCUACAAGCCUUGUCGAGUCAACCUUUGCCAACACAGCAUGAAGACGAGACAUCAUCUCCAGAUCGCAAUAUGCCCUUAUUAGCCCCACUCCGACCGUCUCGUAAGAAGGCGGAUGAUGUUAGCAAUGGGCGUAAUGCUAGUAAGACCAGCUUGCACUUGCCAGAGGCGGACAUCGAAAGGGAUGAACCCGAACGAUACUCGCACGCGGAGAGUACUGAAUAUCCAGAAAUUGCCGCGGCUGGGAUCGAUGUUGAAUCCUGGUUAGAGUCUAGCGUUGACAACUUUCCCUACUACGCUCAGAAUAGAGCUGAUGGUGGGCAUAUGCCCCUACCGCUUCCGCCAGAUGUUAUUGAUACCCUUCGAAUAUCAAUAACAUGCUUCCCGGAAACGAUGCUCCAGUGUUCUAGCCUCUCGAUCGAGACCAUACGCGGCCACUCUAGGAAAUUAAGGUAUAAGUCCUCCAGUCCUGCAAGUCUAUAUUCGGAAUCGCCCGUUUCAGUAGACUCGUCAGACCAGUCAAAGCAGACGAAAUGGAAGUGGUUACCACCACUCUUGAGACAGCAGUCAUCUCCUACGGAGACGCCAACCAGCCCGCAGCGAAUCGGGUUUGGGGAAAGUCUGGAACCAAGGUAUAGUCCGGUAUGGCCCAAGAAACCGGACUGGACCACAAUCCAAAACCUCUUCCCCUCCGGAUCUGAUUACCUCUGUGACGCCCUCUACGCUCACCUCGUAGCGUACAACUACAUCACUUCGCUAUGCCCCCGAUCAGUGCUAAUCAAUCCUACUACUUCGAGACCUACUUCGAGACCUACUUCGAAAUCCUCAACAACACCCUCAGAAAUCAGUCUCGGUCUUUCGGUUGACCUCCGUGCUUCGGUAGACAUACGCGCCUCUACGGACGGAGGCGCAAUCCCACGGAAAGCAGCAACCUUACUCGGCCUACAGGAAGAUCCGAACGCACCGAUCCCCGGACCACCUUCUUCACGAUGCAACACACUUCGCAGCAAGCGAUCGUUCUUUGCAGCGCCUAGAGCCGUCUCUUAUUAUGAAGUUAGUAGACCGACGACAGCCGUGGGUUCCUUCAGUGGCCGCCGUCUUCCCCAACCUGAUCAAGGCGAGCAAGUGUUAAGGGAUUUACGGUUGGGACUGGCGAGAUGCAUCUCAAGACUCGUCGCUACGUUACGAGUGACGAACGGCGGCCCCGCAGGUCCUGAUGGCGCGGGGCAGAUGAAGCGAGAAGAAGAUCCUGACUUUAUGCGAGCACUAUGCGAGAUCGUGCGCCUCUCUGAGGAGAGGUACAUGUAGCCAAAUGAAUACAGCUAUAGCGUCACGAGCCAUUUGAUUUAUCAACUAUACCUAUACCCACAUAUAAUGGACAAUGCAGAAAAGAUACUCACGAAAAAUAUAUAUAUAUUAAUACACACGAAGCGAAGACACGAGGGACGGCCUUUCAAUACCGGUGGUUCGCAUAUUCUUAGACCACACUACCGCAAACGGCAUCUUACUCUCUAUCAAUGGAUAAUUCUCAUUUAUCUACUUACCUAAUGUACUUCUACACUUCCCGCCGUAUCAUCUCACCAGGCAAAAGCCACUACUCCUAUAUGUAUUAUAAUGCGCGACCAUUUGGGUUCUGUUGCUAAUUAUAGAAGGGAGCUAAGAUGACGGACGAAAUCUUUGGUCCAAGUUAAGUUUGCCUCGGAGGUGGAUGAGGCUAGGAAGUAAUAAUCCGAGGUAUUGGGACGAUAUUACAGAGCACGUGCAGGGAGCAUGCCUUUUUGUUUUCGUACGGGAACAUAGUUCAGGGGGGGAGCAUAUUGAUAGAUUCCGUACCUUUCAUCUGUUAGCCGGCAUACUGGGAUCGGAAAAGGGAGUCAAUGACUGGAGUUCUGGAGUUCUGGAGUUGACGAAUAUGAUCUUUGUGGGUUAGGUGCAUGCAUAUCUGAGAUCGAGGGAAUCGGUUGUUCAUUUAUAUGAUAAUUAAUUAAUUAUUAUUAUUAUUACUACUACA